GUAUCGCAAUCGUACCGUAUCCGAAAUCUACGCGACAAACUCGUCGGCCAAGGCAUCAUGGGAGGCCACAGCAACAACAACGGAGAAGAGCAGAAGGUUGAGAAGGGUUAUGCCACUCUCGCGACUCUCAGGACGAUGAAAAACGCAAGGCUGAGAUUCUAUCUAUACAAACGCGCAGAGGCAAACCCACAUUCUAAAUGGGUAGCGGCAGAACGCAUCGAUCUAUCGAGGGAAGUGGAAUGGCCGCUUCCCGAGAAAGCAGACACAAAGCAGAAAAAGACCACGAGCAAGACAACAGCAAAAGCCGAACCUUCGAAAGCCAACAAAGCACCAAAGCGAUCACGAGCAUCAAGUAUCAGGGAGCCUUCCGCAACACCAACGGAAGCAUCUCAAUCAUCAAAAGCAGGCACUCGCCGACCCUCGUUAGCAGGCAACGACCAUGGAUCGCCUUCUAUAGCCGUCCUUGCGCCCGAAUUAGGCGAUGGGACGCCGCAGCCAGAUGGGGAGGUCGACGACGAUACGGUAGAUCUUAUCGAUGUGCAGAAUGCUGCCGCAGCUGCAAAAGCUAUCCCUGACCAUCUGUACUCACGCGAGGAGGAGAUUGAGAAGCUACGCACUAGUGGUUCAAUGACACAAAACCAGACAGAAAUCAGCAGAGUACGAAACCUGGAGAAAAUACAGAUGGGAGCUCAUGAAAUCGAACCUUGGUAUUUCUCGCCGUACCCCGUCGAGUACUCCGACUGCGAGCUGGUGUACAUCUGCGAGACGUGUCUGCUCUAUUUUGGUAAUGAGAGACAAUUCAAGCGACACAGAAGCAAGUGUACUCUAUUGCACCCCCCUGGCAACGAAAUCUACCGCGACGACAUGGUCAGCUUUUUCGAGAUUGACGGCAGGAGACAGAGGACUUGGUGCAGAAAUCUAUGUCUUCUGAGCAAGCUCUUCUUGGACCACAAGACACUCUACUACGACGUAGACCCCUUCCUGUUCUACUGCAUGACAACUCGCGAUCAACACGGCCACCAUCUGGUCGGCUACUUCUCCAAGGAGAAAGAAAGUGCCGAGGGUUACAAUGUGGCAUGUAUCUUGACACUACCGCAAUACCAGCGCAAGGGAUACGGUCGACUACUCAUUGCUUUCAGUUACGAACUCAGCAAACGCGAAGGCAAGCUGGGAAGCCCCGAGAAACCUCUGAGUGAUCUUGGACUCCUGGGCUAUCGUGCGUUCUGGCAAGAGAUCAUCGUUGAGUUUUUAAUCGAGAGCAAAGGUGAAAUGAGUGUGGAGGAUAUUGGAGCACAGACAGCCAUGACAACCAACGAUGUGCUGCACACGUUGCAGAACUUGAACAUGUUGCGUUAUUCUGUAAGCCGGAGCUUCUUCAUGAUACCUCAAGGAUUUCUUACUGACUUGGACAGANAAAACCAUCAUGUGAUUGUCCUCACGGAAGCUAUUCUCAAACAAAGGGAGCGACAGAAGGAGAAGGAAAAGAUCAAGGGCAAGCAUCAAAUCGAUGCAGAAAAGCUGCAAUGGAAGCCGCCCGUCUUCACAGCAGCAAGCAGGACUUGGAAUUGGUAA